UUUCAUUUUCACUUGCGUUCAGUGCUUUCGCGCGCGCGCGGGGGUGUGAAUGCUUUCCGUGGCCCCCUGAGUGUCUGGUGUAACUAAAUUCUUCCACUCGAGACGCUCUCUUGCGCCCGCCAUCCCCCCCAAUCCAGGCCGUCCCCGAUCCUAGACAGUGUCUAAACUGAUUUGACUAACCCUAUUCCUUGGGUAUGGCAAGCCUUUCACCUGCCGUACACAGUCCCAGAUCUACAGAUUGAUGAUCCUCUCCCCAAGAACGCUAACACAAGAGCUGUCCUCUGAGACUCUGGAUGACUUUAUUCUUCAAAUGGCUUUACCCUUCUGAUAGCUCCAGGGACCCUCCAUUCCCUAUACCCAGGAAAAUGUGAUGAGCUACAGGUAACCAGCUUCUAGAUCACCAACCAGUUCAUAUUCUAGCCACAAGUGAUUCGAAUGGAAGAUCCAGGGGCGGCAAGGGACGUCAGGAAGAUGCCUAAAGAACAAGAAGCUGGGGGGAAAGAGGUGUGCAGAUACCAGAUCAAAGAAUCGGACAAAGAAGAGGAACCACCAGCUUCUUCAUCCCAUGGCCAGGGGUGGCGUCCAAGUGACCGAGCAGCUAAGAACUCAAAGCCUGAACCUGGGGCCAGACACUCGGCACUCCCUGCCAUGGUCAAUGACCCACCAGUACCCGCCUUGCUGUGGGCCCAGGAGGUGGGCCACGUCUUGGCGGGUCGUGCCCGCAAGCUGCUGCUGCAGUUUGGGGUGCUCUUCUGUACCAUCCUUCUCCUGCUCUGGGUGUCUGUCUUCCUCUACGGCUCUUUCUACUAUUCCUACAUGCCGACAGUCAGCCACCUCAGCCCUGUGCAUUUCUACUACAGGACUGACUGUGAUUCCUCCACCUCCUUACUCUGCUCCUUCCCUGUUGCCAAUGUCUCGCUGGCUAAGGGUGGACGUGACCGGAGAGAUGGGGGCUACCUUGGGCAGGUGCUGAUGUAUGGACAGCCGUACCGCGUCACCUUAGAGCUUGAGCUGCCAGAGUCCCCUGUGAAUCAAGACUUGGGCAUGUUCUUAGUCACCAUUUCAUGCUACACCAGAGGUGGCCGAAUCAUCUCCACUUCUUCACGCUCCGUGAUGUUGCAUUACCGCUCAAACCUGCUCCAGAUGCUUGACACACUGGUCUUCUCUAGCCUCCUGCUGUUUGGCUUUGCAGAGCAGAAGCAGCUCCUGGAGGUGGAGCUCUACCCCGAAUACAGAGAGAACUCGUAUGUGCCGACCACCGGCGCGAUCAUCGAGAUCCACAGCAAGCGCGUCCAGAUGUACGGAGCCUACCUCCGCAUCCACGCCCACUUCACCGGGCUCAGGUACUUGCUGUACAACUUCCCGAUGACCUGUGCCUUCAUCGGCAUCGCCAGCAACUUCACGUUCCUCAGCGUCAUCGUGCUCUUCAGCUACAUGCAGUGGGUGUGGGGGGGCAUCUGGCCCCACCACCGCUUGUCUCUGCAGGUAAACGUCCGGAAAAGAGACCGUUCCCGGAAGGCAGUGCAGCGAAGAAUCUCUGCCCACCCUCCAGGAGGCACAGGGCCCCAAGGCCAGGAGGAGUCAACGCAGCUGUCAGACAUCACAGAGGACGUUGGUGAGAGCCCUGAAGACCCCCCAGGGCCAGAGGGUCAGCUCUUGGAGGAGGAGAAACCCGAUCAGCAGCCCUUGACUGGAGAGGAGGAGCUGGAGCCAGAGGCCAGUGAUGGUUCAGGCUCUUGGGAAGAUGCAGCUUUGCUGACGGAGGCCAACCUGCCUGCCCCUGCCCCUGCCCCUGCCUCUGCCUCUGCCCCUGCCCCUGCCCCGGAGACUCUGGGCAGCUCUGAACCCUCUGUGGGCAGUCUCCGACAGCGGCCCACCUGCUCUAGUUCCUGAAGAGAACGAGGCAGAGUCCCCACAUUCCAGCCCUUUCCCACCUGACUCCCUUCCCUUUCCUGUGUCUUCCCCCAAUAAACUAUUUUCAUGCCAGCUG